AUGGCAGCCAAGGCCGCGCUCGAAGCCCAGGCGCGCAAGGAGCUCAAAGCUCGCCUCCGCGCCGACUGCUUGCACGUGCCGCUCGACACCGUCUUUCUCGAUGCCCCCGAGCUGCAUAAGGACAAGGACUGGAUUCCGCAAGCGCCAUUUUUCCAGCUCCUCGCCGCUCACAGCGUACACUUGACAAACGACGAGCGAGAGCUCUUGGGCGUCUUUUGCUCCCCCGCGGGACUCAUCUCGAUCUCUGCGUUUACGCAGUUUGUCGACGUUCUGACGCCGGUCGACCACGUGGACCCGGACCUGGUGUUUCCGACCCUGCCGCAGCCCUUCCGCAUGUUACUCAAGAUCCUCGAAGAAGAUAUUGUCGACCGCGCGUGGGCAGCAAUCACGUCGACGAUGGCAUUCAAGCUCGAACAAGGCGAGAUGAACGCGGAUCUGCAGGAAAAAGAAGCCAAAGCCCGGCUCUGCCUCCCCGCGACGUCAAUGGAGCUCGGCCCAAGCCCCAUUACGUUUGUCGGCAGUGCGGAUCACGAGCUGCUUGCGCUUUUGCACGAGGCCAACGUGGUUGAAGUGCUCGAGGCCGGCACCGGGUCGGUCCUCGUGCCAAAGACCAAGGUCGCACCCGAUCUCUUUGCGAUCGACGGCAUCUCGUCACCGCUCCGUCCGUUCCAGCUCGGGGCGACACGGCAGUCAUUUUUCGCCGUCUGGGGACGCCGGCGCGCUGCCACAACGACGACGACGACAAGUGAGCCCGAGGUAGUCGACCCCGUCUUCGACAACGUUGAGAGCCUUCUGUACAUCUACUGCGUCUGCAACGGCGCGCUUGUGCUGCGCUCCAAGCUCUUAACGUCGGACGUGAUCGCGCGAGUGCACUUUUCGGAUGACUUUGCCUUUGCCGCCGUCGUCUUGGUCCAUGGAGCAGUCUUUGUCUAUGCGAUGAGCAGCCUUCCGUCGACGCUGCCACCGACGCCGCCGAUCGCGCUCGACCAUACAAAAGACUGUCUUCUCGAGGUCGACCCUAGCGUCUACAACAUCGCUCCCGUCCUCAAACCCGUAAUCACCGAGCCGGCCGCGACCACCAAGCACGACAAGGCACACAAGGGCAAAGGCAAGGAAGUCGAAGUCGACGUAGUAGUCGUGCCGACCGAGCCGUACGCGCCGUAUUUGUACGUGGCGUUUCUUCUUGGCGACAUGGGCACGUGGCAGCUCGGCGUCGCAAGCCAGCACAAGUGCCUCGUUUUUGAUGUACUCGCCGGGAAGGACGCCGCGCCGAGUACCCAUGUGGUGGUGGCAGCGCCCAUCACGUGCGCCGUGGCGGGCCCGAGCCAUACGCUACUCGUCCUUGGCUUGGCCAACGGGUCCUUGCUUGUCUGGCACCUCCACCUCCGAGUCGAGUACUGUGCGCUCGGCUGCCAUAGCGCGCCCGUCACGGCCCUCUUUGUGCACAAGACAGAGUUCGUCGCGAGUCUCUCGACAGCCAACGAGCUCCAUUUUUACGACCUCAUGGCCCGCGCCGACAUGCUGCCGCCGCCCUCGGCCUAUGUGCUCGGGCUUCAACACGACGUGUGCUCGGUACCGAGUAGAGGCGACGGCAAAACCAAACCCGCCUCGCUCCUCCGCGUCCUCGAUGGGACGCACCCGUUCACUACGAUCCACGGCCUCCAGGACCUUCCGAUCCUCUUUGCGACCGCCGAAGACGGUGCCAUCACUGUCUACGACAUGCGGUCCGGUGUGCUCAUCGGCAGCCUCGGCCUCGGUGACGCCCUCGAGCAAAAUGCUGCUCCGUGGUGCAUCGUCAGCGACCAUAUUUGGGUGCCUGCGAAAAGUGUCUCGGACAACCGCGCCGUGCUCGGCCUCUUUACGACGCCCGGGCUUCUCGAAGUGUACUGCCCGCUCGUCGGACGCCAUACGGCGUCCGAGUACUACACGGCCUUUCUCCAUCGCCGGGGCAUAACGCCGUCGUCGGUCGACGGCAAGCUCAAGCGACCGUCUGUGAUCACGCAGCGGCGGCGGGCACCGGCGAAAUCGGCACUCGCGUCCAACCGCGAACCGGCGACAACGACGGACGAGGCCAGUGCGCCGGCGUCGCGAGCCGUCGACGUCCUCGUCAACCUGAGUUUGGAGUUGCCGAUGCAUGUCCCCAAACGCAGUGUCGAGACCGUCCUGCAGUCGGUACUGCGCCGCCAAGUGCAAAUGACUGUCGAGCGCGACGCGCGCAUGACCAAACGACGCGGGGACAUUCUCAAGGCGCUGCAUGCGUGGUAG